AUGUCGCCCAAACGCAAGUUCUCCGAUGUCGAUUCCCCUUCAAACUACUCGACGGAUGUGAUCUCCACAGACAACGCCCUGCCUCUCAAAUCCCGAAAUCUCGGUCGCAAUGAGGUACCCAGGCGGGACUCUUCCUGGAGGGUCAUGGGCGACAGCGCAGUCCCCUCGUCGCUUCCGCUGGCAAAUAUGACCGAUGCAGUGCGAGAAUUGAUCGAUCCAGACUUUCGUCCGGAAUUAGAGCAAUUCUUGUUUGGUGAUAAGUCUCCCCGGUUUUUGAAACCAUUGUCGUCUUGUAUCGCUUCCGAAGAUGUGGAAUAUCUACGAUCAAAGGGUGCUCUUACUAUACCUGAGCCGUCGCUGCGGAAUGAAUUGCUAAAAGCAUAUGUACAAUGGGUGUACAGCUCCUUGCCAGUGUUGGAUUUGCACAGCUUCCUAGAAGCUGUCGCUCGGAAUGAUCCAGAUGCCAAUAUAAGCCUACUGCUUUUUCAAGCAGUCAUGUUUGCCGGCACUGCGUUUGUUGAUUUAAGACAUCUCCAGGCUGCUGGCUUCAAGACGAGACGAGAAGCUCGGAAAGCUUUCUUCAAUAAUGCACGGCUACUAUAUGCCUUUGACUACGAGGAUGACCGCAUUGCCAUAAUACAAUCUAUAUUACUAAUGACAUACUACUACGAAAAAGAAGAGACCUUUCAAAAGGAUAUCUGGCAGUGGGUUGGCGUGUGUUAUACUCAAGCACAAUCAAUCGGCUUACAUCGCGAUCCUUCCAAGUCCAACAUGAGUGCCCAUACAAAGCGGCUACGGAUACGACUCUGGUGGUGUCUAUAUUCUCGGGACCGGCUGAUUGCCCUUGCUUUGCGACGACCGACGCAGAUCAACGAGGGAAUUUGCAAUGUCCCCUUGAUUGCAUUGACUGAUUUCCAUAUACGACGUUUUCACGAUGUAGUGGAUGAUAUCCUUCUGGAUUGCAGCUAUAUGGGAGAGACCUAUCUCCAACGGCGGUUAGCCAUUAUGUUUAUUGAGACAGCGAAAUUGUGCCAAUGUUUGGGCCGAGUAUUGUUCGCCCAAUACACGCCAUCUAAUUGCAUGUCUGGAGUUUCGCAAGAAACGACAAUCACCCUGGUGCCACGACAAGCAUCUGACGCGGAGUUGCAACGGUGUAGUCAAAAAUUAGAUGCUUGGCUUGGUAACCUUCCAGAAGAAGCGACUUGUAUCACAGCACAGGAAACGAAGGAUCUUAAUCUUGGAGAUGACGUUCUACUUUUACACGCAUCAAUGCUACAGAUGAUAUACCACGCCACAUGCACUGCACUAUAUCGACCGCGAGCCUCUUUGAAUAUUACGAACACAUUAACGAGUUCAAAGACCUCGACCAGUGAAGCCCAGAAAAAGAUCCGAGAUGCAGCCUCUGAAAUCGCAGAUACUGUCCAGCGCCUACGAAAUUUCGGACUGACGCCGUAUUUGCCUACAUAUGGGUUGACCGUGGUGAUACCAGCCGCAGUCGCCCAUUUGACCGAUCUGAAAUCAACAAACCCUGCUGUGAGAGACGAAAGCAAAUGGAACUUUCGUCUAUGCGUUGAGAUUAUAAGCGACAUGCGCGACAUUUAUCCAGCAGCUGAUUAUGAGACUGCGUGCCUUGAGAAAGCAUUCCAGCUCCAACAUGGACAACAGCCAAUGUUGAUGUCUGUGUAUGUUAUGCAAGGGACUACUACGAUGCAGAGUCCUUCGGAGGCUCCAAAUUUUGUCAGUGCGACGGGGCUAGAUUUGUCGAUACUCAGACAGAAGCAUCAACCAUCUCGAAUUGCUGAGAGCCCUACGUGGGAUUUCAACUGGGAACAGGAUCAAGACAUACUUCAUCGUGAUCGACGUAAUAGUGACAACGACUGUUGGACCAUUGACCUUGAAAAUGCUCUGGAUUCACAUCCCUUCCUCUCGAGACAUGGCCCUGAUAUCAGUAACACCGAUGACGGGAUACCGCCGCAUAUAUUGAUGAUCCAAGACGAUAAUAGUAUGGUUGAGCUUCAAAGUCCAAAUACACCGUCAAUGAUAUCCAAGGAAGGAAAGACGACGAUUACGGGAGAUUUGGAAAGAGAUUUAGGGUUUAUAUAG